AUGGCGAGGGCUAUUCAAUCAAUCUUCGUCUCGCUUGUAGCUCUGCUGCUUUGCGGAUGGGCUGCUGCUAAGACAGUCACAUAUGACUUCAAUGUCAGUUGGGUCCAGGCCAACCCUGAUGGUUUGUUGGAACGAAAGGUCGUUGGCAUCAAUGGACAAUGGCCACUCCCCGUCAUUGAGGUCGACAAGGGUGACCAACUCGUGGUCAACAUGUACAAUGGAUUAGGAGACAAAAAUGCCAGCAUUCACUUCCACGGCAUGUACCAGAACACCACCAGCAAUAUGGACGGUGCCAACAUGGCUUCACAGUGUCCCAUUGGCCCGGGAUCCAGCUUCACUUACAACUUCACCGUCAACCAGAAUGGUACUUACUGGUACCAUUGCCACACCGAUUUCUGCUACCCGGAUGGCUAUCGUCAAGCAUUGAUUGUACAUGACGAUGAUGCCUACUUCGCUGACGAGUACGACGAAGAAUUCACCGUCACCAUCAGCGAUUGGUAUCACGAUCUGGUUGAAGACAUCUCAUUCCUGUCUUUGUACAAUCCUUCCGGUGCCGAGCCUAUACCCAGCGCAUUCCUCUUCAAUGAUACGAUGAAUUCGAACCUCGCCGUGGAACCAGGGAAGACCUAUCUGAUAAGAUUGAUCAACAUUGGAGCCUUUGUGGGGCAAUUCUUCUACAUUGAGGAUCACACUUUCAAGAUUGUGGAGAUUGAUGGUGUAUAUACUGAGCCCACUGAGGCCGAUACACUCUACAUCGCCGUUGCUCAACGUUACGCGAUUCUCGUCACCACCAAGAACUCUACGGACAAAAACUAUCCAAUCGUGACCAUAGCGGAUUCCGAUCUUCUUGACGAUAUUCCCUCAGACCUCCGGCUCAACAACACAAAUUGGCUUGAAUACAAUUCCAAUGCUGUACAUUCAGAAGCUGUCAUCAUUUACGAUGUGUCUUCAGAUAUUGUACCCUUUGACGAUAUCACCUUGAUCCCUGCCGACCACAUGGAGCUGCUGCCGGAGCCGGAUUUCGAGAUCAAUCUGACUGUCAGCAUGAACAAUCUGCGAAAUGGAAAUGGUUAUGCCUUCUUGAACGAUGUCUCCUACGUAGCACCCAAAGUGCCUACACUCUACAGCGUCAUGUCAGCCGGCACACUAGCAGACAACGCCACAGUCUAUGGAGAAUACACACAUCCUAUGGUCCUCAAGCACAACGAUGUUGUCCAACUUGUCCUCAACAACGCCGAUUCCGGAUCUCACCCUUUCCAUCUCCACGGACACAAUUUCCAGGUCAUCGAUCGUGCUCCUGCUUAUGGAGCACAUUUCUACGACUAUCUUGCUGGUGACCCGGUUCCUUACGACCCUUCCAACCACACGGCCUUCCCAGCCAUCCCAGCUAGAAGAGACACCUUUGUCCUACCACCUCAAGGAUACUAUGUCAUUCGUUUCGUGGCUGAUAACCCUGGUGUCUGGAUGUUCCACUGUCACAUCGAUUGGCACUUGUCCCAAGGUCUGGCCAUGGUCAUGAUCGAGGCUCCUAACAAGAUCCAAGAAACACAUCACAUUCCCGAUCAGGCGUAUGAAGUCUGCAAAGCGGCCGGCGUCAAAUACGAGGGCAACGCAGCAGGCGACACCGAAGACUUGCUGAACGAGUCUGGCCAAAACAAGCAGGUAGCAUUCUUGCCCGGUGGUUUUACCGCUCGUGGUAUUGUGGCUUUGGUCUUUUCAUGUAUCAGUGCCGUGCUGGGUAUGGCGUUCAUCACUGUCUACGGUAUGUCCGAGCCUAAGGUGCUGCAGAAGGAUGAUCAGGUUGAUGAUGAAGUUACACAUGAGACUGUCGCUGCUGGUGGUGCAGAGCCCAAGUUGGCUUCUGCUCAGGGCUAG